CCCCCCCCAACCUCCGGGCGGGAUUCCUGCUGGCCGAAAAAUAAAAACAAAAAUGUCUCUGGCCACUGAUUUCUACCUGCGCUACCACGUGGGGCACAAGGGCAAGUUCGGACACGAGUUUCUGGCAUAUGUCCACAAGAGUGUAAUGGAAGAACUGAAGAGAAUUAUCGAUGACAGUGAAGUCACCAAAGAAGACGAUGCUUUGUGGCCGCCCCUGACAGGCUGGGCCGGCAUGUGUGGACUUACAGUCUUUAAAUGUGGACUUGAAAUUGUACUUGGAGAUGAGCACAUUUCUUUUACUGUGUCAAAAAUAGGCUCUCUUCUUGAUGUGUACCAGUCGAGGAGGAGGAGCAGAACACAUCAUUCGGAGGAAAUUCCCUUCUGCCUUUCGUCUCCCAGCCUCUGAGGGACGCAGGACGGGAAAGGUCAACGGAGCCCUCGUUUGGAGACCAGUUUCCCCAACCUUCAUCACUGCUGGGCUCAGAUACAGACACCACCCCAGGGGAAGUUGUCCAUAGGAAACAUAGUUUGCUUACAGUCAAGAUGAGUGAUGUGGAGGUGACCUACUCAACCAUGAGAUUUCUGAAGUCUCCAUCAGAGCCUCAGAAUAGAGUGAGGCCCGAGGGUGCUCAGCCACCCCUAGACACACAGGACAAAGAGUGUUCAGUGCCCUGGCGUCUCAUCGCAGUGGCUACCGGGAUCCUUUGCUUACUUCUGUUGGUGGCAAUCGCGCUGUUGGUGACACACAUUUUUCAGUGCAGUCAAGAAAAACACCAACAGCAGGAAAUUCUAAGAAACCUCCAUCAAAAGUACAGCAAACAAAAUGACAGUGACUCAAAGGAACAGGUGAUGGCAAAUAAGUCUUCAGAACACGCUGACCCAAAAUGUGCAAAGGAACAGGGCUCACUGUCUAGUGACAGCAGCAGAUGUUACAGGAAAAAUGCCAUCAGUCCAUUUUUUUUGCGAAAUAAAGGCAAACUCUUUGCAAAAUGGUUCUGUUGUGGAGCAAAAUGUUAUUAUUUUACCGUGAAAGAACAUCACUGGAAGGCAUGUAACCAGAUGUGCCAGGAUUCCGGUUUAUCCCUCCUGAGGAUAGAUGACAUGGACGAACUGACCCUGAUCAAAUCCCAGGCUCAUCCGCACAGUUACUGGACUGGAUUCUCCUAUGAUCCGAGGCAAAACAAAUGGAAAUGGACAGACAAUGGCACAUCUGAUCUUAAUUUGACAGCAAUAAGCUUGCAGUCUUUAAGAGGAAAAUGCUUAUUUUUAUCUUCAACAAGAAUAGACAUUAUUGAUUGCUAUGGAAACUUCCACUGUAUCUGUGAGAAGAGAAUGGGUGAUGGGCUGUGAUAUGCACCAAGAAGAAAAUGCAAAGAAGAGUGUUGUCAUUUUUGUUUGUUUCCUGUAAUUGUCUGUUACUGCUUACAAAUAAAUGUUUUGGAUUACUGUGCUUAGUU